UGCAGCAUCAACACAAGUAUGCAUAUAUUAAUAUACAUACAAUAUAUAAAUACAUAAAAUGAUAUGUAUUUAUUUAUUUUUAUUGCAGCAUCAAAACAAAUAUGCAUGUAUUAAUAUACAUACAAUAUAUAUAUAUAUAUUAUUGUAUACAUUGACUACAGCAGCAUACAAGUAAGCAAUACAAUAUAUAUAUUUUUUACAAUGUAUCAAACAGAUUAGGAUAGAAUAAUAAUAAUAAAAGUUCUCUUUGAAUGAAUCCACAUAUUAAUCCAAUGAAACCACAAUAAACCACUGUUUUAAGAUUAAAGCUUCUACAGUCUGUAUUCAUGUAUUAUCAUAUCAACUAUAACACCGUUAUACUGUUAAUCAUUUCUAUGGCUACAUUUUUGCACUAUUACUUUGUUAGUUAGUUUUAUUUUUUCAUUAUUCUAUCCUAUUUUAUUAUAUAUUGUGCAUUUGUCUUAUUAUUCUAUCCUAUUUGUGUAAUUUGCAUUUGAAAAAUAUAUUUGUAAUCUUAAUGGGUUUCAGCUGGUUAAAUAAAUGUUUAAUAACAUAAUUAUAUUCUAUUUCAGUAUCUAUUGUGCAUUUUUAAAAUUCUAUCCUAUUUGUUGGCAUUUUUAUUAUUAUUCUAUCAAAUUGUUUCGUUUAUAUUGUGCUUUUAUUUAAUGCCACCACAUUUUUUUAUGUAUUGUGCCUUUUUAUCAUUAUUCUAUCCUAUUUUUAUUACUUAUUGCGCUUUUUGUUUUUUACAAUUGUAUUAUCUUUUUUGUCCUUCGCGAGACACCGUCUUCCCUCGUUGCCACAGCAACUCCUCCAAACUCCUCCGACAUGUCGGAGCUUUACGUCGCUUUCUGCGCGGAACACGUGAUGGAUAUAAAUCCACGCGUUUUACAAGCUUUGGAGAAGACGGCGGCCACAGACAGUGUCACAAUAAAGCUGCCAGGAAGCCACAACCUGAGAGACGCUGAGCGACUGAGUGACGGAGACGCUCUCGCUCUCUCAAAGUGUCUGAGGGGCAACAAGACGGUGACAGCUCUCGAUGUGAGGUACAAUAACAUCACCGACGCAGGGGUGGCACACCUGGCUGACCUCCUCCAGGAGGACGACUCGUCUCUGCUCUCUCUGGACUUGAUGUUCAACGACAUCCAGAGCGACGGAGCUGAGCUUCUAGCCAAGGGACUGAAGGUCCUCACACACACACACACACACACACACCUAUGUGUGUGUGUGUAUAUAUAUAUACAUAUCGCCUCUCUCUCUCUCUCUCUCCAGUGUAACAGCACCUUGCUCUCUCUCAGACUGUCCAACAAUAAGAUAGAGAGCAGAGGAGCGAUGCACCUGGCCAGAAUGCUGCAGGUGAACAGCACCUUGAGGGAGCUGGAGCUGGCCGACUGCCACCUGGACACUCAGAGCGUCAUCGCGUUGGCCGUCGUCCUGAGAGCCAAUCAGACGCUCCGCUCGGUGGACAUCAGCCGGCCGCUGCUCUUCAGCCUCCAGGUAGGAACGCAGCGAGCAGCAGCGAGCACCUUCAGGAACAGCAGGUGGUGUUCCCCGCAGGAGGAGUGGGCGGUGCACGUCUCAGAGAUGCUGGUGGUGAACGUCGGCCUGGUGGAGCUCCACCUGGGGAAGGUGGGGCUGAGCGACGCGGGGGUGGAGCGGCUGAGCGGAGGCCUGAGGCUCAACGGCGGCCUGCGAUACCUGGACCUCCGCUGUAACCGUGUGACUCGUGACGGCGUGCGCCACCUGGCCGACCUGCUGCAGCACCACCCGAGCCUGGAGGUCGUGGAUCUGUCGUCCAAUCGGAUCGAAGACGAAGGCGCCGUGUUCCUGAGCGAGGCCGUCGCCGGGCGGAGCAGCGUCCUGAGAGAGCUUUCUGUGCGCAGCAACACCAUCAGGACGGAGGGCCUUCUGUCUCUGGCCCGGGCGAUGGCGGCCAGCACGACCCUGGACCACCUGUACAUCUGGGGGAACCACCUGGAGGAGCCCGUCUGUCAGGUGACGUGUCCGACAGGCCCCGCCCCCUCACCUGUCCGUCACGUUUUUAACCCUCCGGCUCCUCCCCCUCAGGCCUUCGGGGAGCUGAUGGCCAGCGGCCGGCUUCCUGCGGAGCAGACGGACGUCAGCCCGUACGAGGUGGACGGCCGGGCGCUCCUCGCCGAGGCCUCGCACAGUCUGAGGAGGCACUACGCCUCCUCCACGCCACCACGCCUCCUCCUCCACGCCACCACGCCUCCUCCGCCCACUGGGAGCCAGACCCUCUGAGUCCUGC